UCUCUUCAUGCCGUUAAAUGUUUGCUGGUGGCUMCUGACACUUUCUCUUGAGGCAUUGGUACAAUUCCAUUGCAGGCUCUGAAAGUUCAUUUCAGUCCCUGACUGAUGAGGUUGCUGAAGUGCCCAGACAAGCCGUGCCCUGCUCUGAUUCCCAAACCUGUGAGCAAAUGGAUUGCUUUGAGAAUGGAAAGUUUUGUACUCAAACGGGCUCCCAGCAGCACAGGGAGAGCAGUGGCUGUCAGGUGACUGAGGCUGGCAGACCUGUCAGACGUCUCCGGAGGAAGAGAAGAUUGCCUCUGGAUUCUGAGGAUGAGGAGGAAAAUGCAUAUGAGGAUGAGGAGAAGAAUAAAUCAAAUAAUAUGAAAAGCCGCAGAAACACUAAACCAAUAAAACAAGUGCUUCCUGGGAAGAAGAAGGUAUGGAACUGGUCUUCCUACUUGGAAGAGGAACAGAUGCCAGCUGCUCCCCAAAAGCUGUUCAGAGAGUAUCAGUCAUUCCCACAAGGCCGAAAUGGAUUUAAAGUUGGAAUGAAAUUGGAAGGGGUGGAUCCUGAACACCCCUCUCGAUUCUGUGUGCUCACAGUGGCUGAGGUCCAGGGCUACAGGAUGCGACUGCACUUCGAUGGUUACCCAGAGUGCUACGACUUCUGGGCUAAUGCUGAUUCCUCAGACAUCCAUCCUGUUGGCUGGUGUGAAAAAACAAGCCAUAAGCUGCUCCCUCCUAAAGGUUUCAAGGAGGGAGAAUUUAAUUGGACUUCCUAUCUGAAGAACUGCAAAGCUCAAGCAGCUCCAAAAWGCCUUUUUAAGACCCUCAGCAGUCCUGUCACACCAUCUGGGUUUCGUCUGGGAAUGAAACUAGAGGCAGUGGACAAGAAGAAUCCGUCGCUGAUUUGUGUCGCCACCGUCAUGGACAUGGUGGAAAACCGGCUGCUGAUCCAUUUCGAUAACUGGGAUGAGAGCUAUGACUACUGGUGUGAAACGAGCAGCCCGUAUAUCCGUCCUGUUGGCUACUGCCAAGAAACUGGAACCCCACUGAUAACACCACCUGGAUACAGGGAUUCCAAAGCCUUCUCAUGGGAGAAAUACUUGGAAGAAACAAAUUCCCAAGCAGCCCCAGCAAGAGCCUUUAAACUGCGUCCUCUUCACGGAUUCCAAGUUAAUACAAAGUUAGAGGCUGUGGACAGACGAAAUCCCAUCUUGAUAAGAGUGGCAACAAUCGUUGACAAAGACAACCAUCGCAUUAAGAUACAUUUUGAUGGCUGGGACCAUCACUAUGAUUUCUGGGUGGAUGCAGACAGCCCUGACAUCCAUCCUGUGGGCUGGUGUGACAAAACUGGACACACUCUGCAAGUACCUCUAGGUGCUGAAAAUGCAGAGGGAGCAGUGGGACAGGCGUGUCCYACUCCGGGGUGCCAGGGGAUCGGGCACGUGCGGGGCCCCCGCUACGGAACACAUUACACCUUAGUUGGCUGUCCAUACUCUGAUGUGAACCUCAGCAGAGAAAACCUGUUACAGGACCGGCUGAGUGGGGAGAGACCUUCCCCUGGGAACAUGCAGAAAGCCAGGAGACUGGAGACUCCUGCCCCAUUGCUGGGAGCAGGGGAGCCUUCCCAGGGGGACUCUUCACAAUCCAGAAAAUCUGCACCAGACAGUGAAAAGUGGUGUCAAAGCAGCAUCCACAUUCCAUCAGAGCAGUCGGAAAACAGUCAGGAGAGAGACUGGGGAGGGAAGGAUUCCUCUGCAGACAUCAAAGCCACACCAAAAACGCUUGGGUGCUCACAUGCCUUUAUCAAGUUCCAGCUGGUGAAACAGAAAAGCAAUGGGAAAGGCCCUGAUUUGGAUCUCCAGCAGGCCCUCCACCAGUCUAUCUUCAUGCCUUCCCUGGCCUCUAACCCGACCCACCGCCUCCAUCUCUUCUGGGAGCAGCACUGCCGGCUCUUGCCAGAGGUCUCGGGCCUCACAGCCAAACAAGUUGCCAAAUGGACUGUGGAGGAGGUGGUGACCUUUAUCCAGCGUUUACCUGGCUGCAAAGAACAAGCGUCUGUGUUCAGGGAAGAGCAGAUUGAUGGUGAGGCCUUCCUGCUCCUCAAGCAGAACGACAUUGUUAAAAUACUCAGCAUCAAGCUGGGCCCUGCCCUGAAGAUCUACAAYGCCAUCCUUAUGUUCAAGUCUGCAGAAGACAACUGAGAAGAAGCCUUUGGCAGAUCCCAGGAGGAAUUGWCUGGGAAUGGAUCUAAAGCUGUGAGCAUUACAAUGUGCUGGACUGGUGGAUUGGGACUCGGAUGUAUUUUAAGUAGAACUUAGUAAAAAUGUUUUGAGGUUAUAAAAAUCCUGCCACAGUCUAGAAUAUGGGGCAGCUUCACUUCCAAGAAGAGGAUAUUAUUAUAUUUUGUAAUUGAAUUUGGUUUUGAUAUAUCAAUCUCUUUUUGAGAUCGAGAAGAAACCUCCAGUUCUAAGGGGAAUCCAGGGUARCAUUGGUGGAGCUGCAGAAGCAAGAAGAAAGUUUUGAAUAAAACUCCAGUGAUAGUGCCUGAAUGACUGAGUGAGUGAUCACCAGUGAGUUUAAAAUGCUCUGUGUAAUAAAAGAGUGAGGAAGGAGGAAAAAGAUGCACUUCAAAGCUACUCUGCUGUAUCCUUCACYGCUGUGACUCAGGAGCUGACUUUUUCAGGACUGAUUGUUAAAUCCCAGUUUUUCUUACUGAUCCUGGUUGUUGUCAUACCCUUGGCUGCUGGACUGCUUUAUACCCCAGCAGRAAGGGAGCGUGGGCAGAAAGUUUGCAUCAGGGAUGGCUUGCACUGGUUGGCCAGAAGCAAAAUGUCCUCAUUCCUGUCACUCUCUGUCAGGAAGCAGGGGCUGUGCAGGUAAGCUUUGGGUAGGCAAAGAUCCCAUAAAGGCAUCUGCCACUGGAGACAAACAGAUGUAUUUUAGCUUUCCCAUCAGGGCUUUUGUACAGCUGCUUCUGGGCCAGGAGCACCUUCUGGCAAAAUGGCACAAUCAGGAGCACUUGGGAAUUUGAUGUGUUUGUUCCACUGUCAGCCAAAUGCUGGGAAUAGGACAUGGAAACCCAGCAGUGUCCAGAGUGUGUGUGUAAACAGAUUUCUUGGAAACAAAUGGCUUUUCUUUUGAACAAUCCAAAGUGAUGAGUGUGAAGUGCUUUGGCCUUCUCCUCUUGAAGUGGAUGUCGGUGUGUUCUGCCAGAGAGCUGURGGACAGGGCAGCAGUGCCUCUGCCUCUGGGAGGGGGCAGGCAGAGCUCACAGGGAUGUGAGAUUGGAGAGGAAUCAGGAUUUWAACAACAUGGGGGAGCAAUUCCUUCCCAAAGGAGAGAGAGCUGCUCUGCUCAGGGAAGGAGCAGAGCCUGUGUCUUGUGUUCCUGUGUGGGGUGGGAGCACAGGUCGUUCUGCUCCAUGAGAGCCACUUUUAGGGACAUGACUAUGGAAGUGUUGGGUGGUGGUUCCCAUAUUCCUGAGCUGUCCUUUCCCCAUGGAAAGGUGCAGUGAGAUCUGCUGGGCUCUGCAUGGUGUUCCCACUUAUUUGUAGCAGCAGCAGCAGCAGCUCAUGGCUCUCUCUCCAGCCACUCUCCCUGACAGCUCUGUGCCUGCUGUAGAACCAGCUCAGCUCAGGCAGCCCUUCCAGCCCUGCAUCCAGAGCUGCCAGGCUGAAUCCAGUGUGUGGGAGCCCUCCAGAGCACUGGGGCACAUUGACCUGGURCCGUGGAAGGUUUCUGCCAUCAGCCUCUGCCAGGCUGCCUGGGUGUCUCAGGGCACUGARGGUGAUGUGAUCCAACCAUGGGCACCUCAGACUUGGCAUCUCUGCCACCAGUGUGGCUUCCCAGGAACUGUUGGGAACAGAGUGAACACACUGUCCGUGAGUGUUUGGUGACAAGGAACAAGGAACACACUUGUUCCCCCUUCCUGCAUCACCCACGUCCUUUGUCCAACCCUCCUGCUGUUCAGAGAAGGUUUCUUGCAACUUGUCUUUAGCAGAAAGUUCCUUAAAAUUGUAAAUAGAAUCCACACCACUGAAGCCAUUCAGUCCUGGAAUAACAUUUAGAGCAGUUUGUUUCCAUACUUUAUUUUUUGGUAAGAUUUAAGGAGUGGAAGCAUUCACAGAGAAGACACAGGUUUGGUGRGGUGUUUAAUAGCUGAACCAUUAAAUAUUAGCCAGGUGGCUGCAGGGGAGRAGCCUAUUGCAAUGUUAAGGACUAGGCAAGGGGUGAAUUUAAUWUAUUAAAAUACAUUUUUAGUAUGAUAACCAGAAUAUUCACCAAAGAGUCACAUUCCUUUGUCUUGUUCUGCAUGUGUCAGCAUUAAGAAUUGUAAGUGGCAUGUCCUGUCCUCCAACAGAACUCGCCUUCUGGGCAAAGCAAAAUUGUUUUUUGACAACUGGAGCAGAGGAUCCAGAGCUGGUCUGUUUUAUUCCUGGCUCUCCUCUGACUUGCUAAAUAACCCUGAGCCCUUCCUUACCCCAGUUUCCCCCUCUUCRACACCCAGCCAGAUGGAAAAAGUGCAAUUUUGCCUUUUUCUUGUUUCAAGCAAGUAGGCCCUGCCAGAUUUUCUGUUUUACCUUCUUCCUUUGGGAGGCUGAGUUGGGGGACAGCAGAUUUCCUCUAGCAAUAAACCAAAAUAUAGUAUUAAUUCCAUUUCUUUUACUGUAUAUAGAUGGAGGAUGAAGAGAAUUGGUUAAACAAGCAGUGAGAUUCUAGACAGUGAAAUUAUUCAAACAGAAGAGAAAUCUUUAAUCCUUGGGGCUUCCGAGCCAGCUGGAUCAAAGAGGAAAAUGUGUACUUGGAGGUUGUUCAGUGACAGCCAGCACAGUGCUUUCAGCAGGGGGGAAGGAGGAACCUUUUAGGGAUGGAAGAAGGAGGAAUGUGCUUCUUGUGCCUUUUUCUGUAAUCUGAUAAUUGUCUUUGCAGAGCAGGCAAAAAUGUGCACACAUCUAUUACCCACUCCUUUCCCACAUAUAGCUGUAUUCCAAUAAAAUCCAGCAACUUCACAGGGCAAAAAGACUUCCAGUGUCUUCAGUGGACACAUUUAGAACUCUCUAAUAAUUACAAUCUUAAAACAACCCACCCAAACCAGCUCAUCUAUUAGCCCCUAACUUAGAAAUUCUUGGUUGCUGAUACCAUUCCCCUUGUGUCAGGGAGUGUUGCUUUCCCCUGUACCUGGGUGAGUUGUUCCUGCUGCCUGUCCCAACUCUGCUCUGCCUGUUCCCAGCCCUGCUCCAGACCUGUGGCACAGCCAGGGCUCUGCAGAGGCCUUUGCUUAUCUGAUGCCUUGUCUGAUUUGAAAUGUGAGCUUUGAAGCAAAAAUCCAAAAGUUGUGGCUCUGUGGGGAGCAAAGCUGAAGCUGGUUAAUGCCUGCUGGAAUUGAGAGGAUUUUGGGUCUGCUGGAUGUCAGCAGGAGCCAAUUGUUGGGCCAGCUGAACCCAGGAGUCUCAGAAAUACAAAUACAUUCCAUAGAAGCAACCCGGAGCUGUGACAACUUCCCAUGGGCCAGCAGUGCAAUUGGGAAGUCCCAGUUCUCAAAAUCGUAUUCCUGUCUGGUUUUGUUCCCUUAUCSCUGUUUUUGAAAUCCAGAGCAAUCAAUUUUUUUCACCUUUUCUCUCUUUCUUCUCGGUGGGGAGUCAUGUUAAAGUUUUUCUGUGCCAUCAUCAGCAAUAGUUCUUGUAAUCCUGGAGCAGCAAAUUUCAGCUCUGGGUAAUGAAUCGCAUUAAAGUUGGACAGGAGCGUUCGGCGUCGCCAACAGCAAAACUCCASAGCCGAAGGAAAAACCCAGCACUCAGCCCAGGGAUAAGCCAGUUCAGCUGUACAAGAUUUCCUGCCUGCUACUUUCAUGCCCUGCUUAGGGAUUUAUACCACAGAGAGCUUUAAAGUUUUUGACAUCCCCCCCAUCAUGUGAUGAGCCAGCUUAUUUUGGAGAUUCCUGUUCCAUGAACUGGAAACACAUGCAGGGGAUGGGAGCAGGGGCUCAGCUCAGCCUCCCAAAUGUCUGCCUGUUUUAAACCAAAUACUUGAGCUUUUUGACACUAGCCAUGACCUUGCRCUCCACCGAUGCUUUCCUCUGGAAAUGUGAAUAAACUUAAUAUAAGUUCACACCUGGUUUGUUCUUUUUUGUGUGG